CCGCGGCGUCGGGGCGGCCCCUGGCGGCCCGGGGGCGGGGAGCGGCGCUGUGCGGUUCCGCUGCCCGGCCCUGGGCAGUCCCGUUUCGGCAGCAGAAGUUCCCGGGCUCCCCUGGCGCAGCCCUCGGCAGCAGCAGCGCUUGUUUCUCCUCGCCCCGAGCUCGCGGCUCCUCGUGUGUCGCUGCCCUGGCCCGUUCCUAACCCUGUCCCCGUCUCUAGCGAGAAAGAUCUCGACGAGGUCCUGCAGACGCACACGGUGUUUGUCAACGUUUCCAAAGGCCAGGUGGCGAAGAAGGAGGAUCUGGUCCAAGCGUUUGGGACGGACGACCAAACAGAGAUCUGUAAGAUGAUUUUAUCCAAAGGGGAGCUGCAGGUAUCGGACAAAGAACGACACACACAGCUGGAGCAGAUGUUCAGAGACAUCGCGACUAUUGUGGCUGACAAAUGUGUGAAUCCUGAGACAAAGAGGCCGUACACAGUAAUCCUUAUAGAAAGAGCCAUGAAGGACAUUCACUAUUCUGUCAAACCACACAAGAGCACAAAGCAGCAGGCACUGGAAGUGAUCAGGCAGUUAAAGGAGACCAUGCAAAUCGAACGUGCUCACAUGAGGCUGCGAUUUAUUCUUCCAGCAAAGGAGGGCAAGAAACUGAAAGAGAAGCUCAAGCCACUGAUUAAAGUUAUUGAGAGCGAAGACUUCCAUGAGCAGCUGGAGAUUGUGUGCCUUAUUGACCCCGGCUGCUUCAGAGAGAUUGAUGAGCUGAUCCGGAGUGGGACAAAAGGGAAAGGAACACUGGAAGUGCUCAGUCUGAAAGACGUGGAGGAAGGAGAUGAAAAGCUUGAGUAAUUAAAACCUUCCCGCAGCCGUUCUACUUCAGCACCGUGCACGGACUGACUGGCAUCAGCCACUCUUCUGUUAGGCCUUCAUGUUUUUUCCAAUCUCUUGCUGCCAAAUCUGUUCUGACACUAAUCCUUUGGGAUUUUUCCAUGCAGUGUGGGGUUUUGUAUCAUUUUACACUUGCUUGGUUUCCAAAUGCAUUUGCCAGCAGGAACGUUUUGUGUCAGAGUUGCCCGAAUGAGGAUUGAGUUAGGGUGUGACACGGAGGUCCCUCUGGCUUUGGUUUACACUGAGGUUGCUCUUGGAGAGUGUCUGAAUGAUGCAGUGCCAAUCGUUUUUACAGUAAUUUGUCAGUGUUGAGAGGAAGACUGCAGAGAGCACGGAGGGGUUGGUUUUGUAUGUCGGGAGAAGAACCUUAAGCAAGGGGAGCUGUAUUUUCCCUUCUAAACAGGUGCCAAGUGUGGGUCCUGUCUAAAAAACAGUCUCUUGGCAGCAUGAAAACUGACUUUGAUUCCAUAAUUGGCUGCUUGAUAAUUAGAGUGCUUUAAAGGACCACUCUUAUUUUAAGGUUUCCUUCACGGGAUAUAACAGCACUCGCUGACCAUAGAAAAGAUGUUCUGCAAAUAACUUAUUUGUAACAUAUGUGUAGCUACAUUAAUUAAAAUGAAUUAUCAUCUAUGUAUGUAUGAUAGGUACAGAGAGAAAUAAAAUAAUUAUUUCUAUUAACAG